GUCCAGCGUGUGUGUGUGUUUCUUCAUGGUUCAUACAUAUUUCCUUGCCACGAUGUUCGCAGCUUGAAUAGCUUAUCUUGGCUAAACGUGCCUACUCCAGGUGUAUCUUGGAUUUAUAAUGGAUUUAGCCCACACGAAAAGUGUGGAGCAAAUGUUUGAACAUUUCAAAGUGAGCGAAUCGAGUGGACUCAGCUUGGAUCAAGUAAAGAUUAAUCAAGACAAAUAUGGCCCGAAUGAAAUGCCUGCUGAAGAAGGCAAACCUAUAUGGCAGCUAGUCCUUGAGCAGUUCGACGAUUUGCUUGUAAAAAUUCUACUUUUAGCUGCAGUGGUAUCUUUUGUGUUGGCUUUAUUUGAAGAUAGUGAAGAUAGAACAACUGCAUUUGUUGAACCACUUGUCAUUUUAGUCAUACUCAUUUUAAAUGCUGUAAUAGGAGUUUGGCAGGAACUAAAUGCAGAAAGUGCUAUUGAAGCUUUAAAAGAAUAUGAACCAGAAAUUGCCAAAGUGGUGAGGCAGAGUAAAUCUGGUGUUCAGAAAAUUAAGGCAAAGGAACUUGUUCCUGGUGAUGUUGUUCAUGUUGCAGUUGGAGACAAAGUUCCUGCUGACAUUCGUGUGACUUCAGUUUUGUCAACUACUUUAAGAAUUGAUCAGUCUAUUUUAACAGGGGAAAGUGUGAGUGUUUUAAAACAUACUGAUGUAAUACCUGAUGAACGUGCUGUCAACCAAGAUAAGACAAACAUGUUAUUUUCUGGUACAAACAUUUCUGCUGGUCGUGCCAUUGGUGUUGUGUGUGGAAUUGGUUGCAACACACAAAUAGGUAAAAUUCGAGACCAAAUGGUAGAGACAAACUCUGAGAAAACUCCAUUGCAAUGCAAACUUGAUGAGUUUGGGGAGCAACUUUCCAAGAUCAUCACAUUGAUUUGUAUUGCUGUGUGGGCCAUCAACAUUGGCCAUUUUAAUGAUCCAAUCCAUGGUGGCUCAUGGAUCAAGGGUGCUGUUUACUACUUUAAAAUUGCUGUAGCCUUAGCUGUUGCUGCCAUACCCGAGGGUUUACCUGCUGUUGUGACAAUAUGUUUGGCACUGGGAACAAGACGAAUGGCUAAGAAAAAUGCUAUUGUUCGAAGUUUACCUUCAGUGGAAACUCUUGGUUGUACAUCCAUCAUAUGCUCGGAUAAGACUGGUACUUUGACAACCAAUCAGAUGUCUGUUUGCAAGUUUUUUAUUUUAGAUGAGAUGAAAGGCACGAUACCAACAUUACAUCAUUUUGACGUCAGCGGUACAACAUACGCACCCAAGGGAAAUGUGACUUUAAAUGGCAAACCAGUAAACAUCCAAGAUUUUCCUGCCAUUGAAGAACUUUCAUUCAUCUGUUCAUUAUGUAAUGAUUCUGGUGUUGAUUAUAAUGACUCUAAGAAAUGUUACGAGAAAAUUGGGGAAGCCACUGAAACUGCUUUGGCCGUUCUUGUUGAAAAGCUAAAUGUGUUUGGUGUUGAUCUCAAAGGGAAAGAUCCUCAUCAGCUUGCCAAUGCAUGUGGCUGUGAAAUUUCAAAGUAUUUCACAAAGGACUUCACGUUUGAGUUUUCUCGUGAUCGGAAGUCAAUGAGUGUGUACUGUCUACCAAAAAAUGGACUACGAGAAAUCUCCCCUAGUUCAGGACCAAAAAUGUUUGUUAAGGGGGCUCCUGAAAGUAUCUUAGAUCGCUGUGAUUAUGUUCGUAUUGGCAAAGAAACUGUACCUUUGACAGAUGCUGUUAAGGAGGAAAUUUUACAUAAUGUGCAAGUUUAUGGAACAGGCGAAAACACAUUAAGAUGCUUAGCCCUUGCCACUAUUGAUAAACCUACAGCAAAAGAGAAAAUGGAUUUAGAAACAAGUGAUGUUACUAAAUAUGAAACUGGUAUGACAUUUGUUGGCGUUGUUGGUAUGUUGGAUCCACCACGAACUGAGGUCGUUGAUUCAAUAAAAAGAUGUCAGAAUUCUGGUAUACGUGUCAUUGUUAUUACUGGUGAUAAUAAGGGUACUGCUGAGGCUAUAUGUAGAAGGAUUGGAGUGUUUGGUAGCAAAGAAAGCACUGAAGGUUUGUCUUUCUCUGGACGUGAAUUUGAUGAUUUAUCAGAGGAAGGUCAACGUGAAGCUUGUAGAAAGGCGAGGUUAUUCUCUCGCGUGGAACCCACGCACAAAAGUCGUAUUGUGGAAUAUCUCCAGGACGACGGUCACGUGGCUGCAAUGACUGGUGAUGGAGUGAAUGAUGCACCUGCUUUAAAGAAAGCCGAAAUUGGUGUCGCAAUGGGGUCUGGGACGGCGGUUGCAAAGACUGCAUCCGAAAUGGUUCUUGCUGACGAUAAUUUUGCAACCAUUGUUGCGGCUGUAGAGGAAGGUCGAGCCAUUUACAAUAAUACCAAACAAUUUAUUCGCUAUCUUAUAUCAUCAAAUAUUGGAGAAGUUGUUAGUAUAUUCUUGACUGCGGCGUUGGGUAUGCCCGAGGCUCUCAUUCCAGUUCAGUUAUUGUGGGUUAAUCUUAUGACAGACGGUCCUCCUGCAACUGCUCUCAGUUUUAACCCCCCUGAUCUGGACAUCAUGGAAAAACCGCCUCGAAAGUCCAAAGAACCGUUGAUAAAUGGAUGGCUGUUUUUUAGAUAUCUUAUUAUAGGAGUAUAUGUUGGUGCGGCUACUGUAGCUGCUUCAGCGUGGUGGUUUAUGUAUUACGAAGGUGGACCACAAAUGAACUAUUAUCAACUGACGCAUCAUAUGCAAUGUAGUAUUGAUAAAAAAUCUUUUGCAAACAUUGAUUGUUCAAUAUUCAGCGAUCUUCAUCCCAUGACAAUGGCUUUGUCAGUUCUUGUUACUAUUGAAAUGUUUAAUGCGCUUAACAGUUUAAGUGAGAACCAGAGUCUGCUCGCAAUGCCUCCAUGGCAGAAUCCUUCUUUGGUGACCGCAAUUUUUGCAUCGUUUUUAAUGCACUUUGUAAUCCUCUACUUUAAUUUUACCAACACUAUUUUCCGUAUAACACCUCUUAACAUGACAGAAUGGAUAACUGUGCUGAAAAUCUCGUUCCCUGUAAUAGUUUUAGACGAAAUCCUGAAGUUUAUAUCGAGGACGUUUAUCGGUGUCGAUCAUCAAAAAGUGAAGAACGAUUAAGGUGCCUUAGAUAAGCUUUAUCGUUGGACAUAAAUACUCAAACAAAAGCAUUGUUUGUUCCGUGUAACUAUAAAACGUUCACUCGAAAAUUAUUUAUAUAUUUGCAAUAUGGUCGUCGGAAGUUGCGUGUAAUUUAUUGAAAACAGGCAAGCACUCGUAAUUUCCUCAAGGAACCAACAUAUUGCAGCCAUCUUACACAGCAGUGGAUUGAAGUAAUGUAACGGGUAAUUCAGCUGUUGGGUUUUCUUUUGUCCAUAAGACUUCUCUAUUAUACCAUCGAUUGAAGAUGUUCUUUUAGGGGUUGAUUAGUUUGAGUUGCUUACGUCGUGUCGGCGAUUUAAGUCCAAUAUUAAACCUUUAGGGUUUUACAUCCGCAUUACAGCGCAUGCGUAACGGGGGGGGGAGUUUACCUCAUUGACCAUUUCAAUGAUUUCAACUUACCAAAAUUACGAUUUAACGUAGCUACGAAACAAAAGCCAACUCAUUGGUGUGUAUGACCAUGUCAUGUAACACAUAAAGCAUUUUCCUAAGCAACUCUUCACAUGUAAUCAACUCCUUAUUUUUAUAACAUAAAACUAUCUUCGCUUAUAACUGUUUUUGCAAUAUGUUAUAAAAUAUUGUAAAUUUAUUUGAAAUUGACAAUUAAUAAAAGGGAUAUUUUAUCAAUGGUA